AACGGGACUUAUGAGCCUGAUUUCGCAACCAACAGGUUUAGUGAGGCUGUGAGCGCACUUGCAAACAAACACCGCUGCCGCUGGCAUGGAAGAAACUAGUUUCCGUUGCAUUUUCCUCUUAAGUGCAAGGUCUACCGCUGCGGCAAGGAAAAUGAGCACGCUAUCUUAGAUGGUCGGAUCAGACAAGAACCAGCGUUUGUCGGCCGAGCAGAGAGCUCAGAAGUACGCGUAACAGCGGUGUCGUCGCUGAUGCCGCGGGGGUUUGUGUCCCGCGGGUAGCAUUUUCCCGAGAAGGAAAUGCCCAGGUGAGCGGCUGCUGCUGCAACCCAGGUGGUUGCCGGCGGCGGCGACGAGCCACCGUUGCUUAAUCGAGGAAUCGCCGCGGCGUCCAGGCAAGCCCCAUGGAGGUGCCGAGUUUGCUGCAUUGGGUCUCGGACCUCGACUACUUCAACUGGCUCGUCUGGCUCUUUACACCUGUGGCAGUGGCCUUCCUGCUCCCGACGCUCGUCAUCUUGCUGCUGUACAUUUCCAUACUCUUCCUGCACAUCUACCGCUACCGGCGUCCUCUGCGAGACGCGUACGCCCGCCACUUUUGGGAUGGUGCGCGGUACACCCUGGCGCUCCUGUGGUCGGGCCACGGCCGCGUCUGGCAUGGUUAUGAGGUCCAAGGAAUAGAGAACAUCCCAGACACUGGCGGAGCACUGCUUGUCUACUACCAUGGCGCUUUGCCCCUUGACUACUACUACCUCGUGGCCAGCUGCCUGCUACACAAGCGUCGCCUCAUCAGGGGUGUUGGCGACCGUUUCCUGUUCAUGGUGCCAGGCUUCAAGAUCUUGACGGAGGUGUUCAAGGUGAGCCCUGGCACCGUGCAGAGCUGUGCCCAGGUUAUGCGCGAUGGCAAUCUUCUCGCCAUCGCCCCGGGAGGUGUGCUCGAGGCCCAGUUUGGGGACGAGCGGUAUCGCCUACUCUGGAAGAAACGGCUGGGCUUUGCCAAGGCUGCCAUCGAGGCUCGAGUGCCCAUCGUGCCUGUCUUCACAGAGAACAUCCGUGAAGCCUUCCGGGCAGUCGCCUUCGGUCGUGGUCUGUUCAAGAGGCUAUACGACAGGACAAGGCUUCCCAUUGUACCAAUAUAUGGAGGGUUCCCCGUAAAAUUGAGGACCAUUGUUGGGCCGCCUAUUCCGUUUGACCCGAACAUGUCUCCUCAGGAGCUUGCCCACAAGGCAGCCAGUGCAGUGGAGGACCUCAUUCAGCAGCACCAGGAGAUUCCGGGCAGCAUCGUGCGGGCCCUGGCGCAGCGCUUCAACAGGACCUGAGGGCACAUACAGUGCAUGUGUUGGCAGCAGCCAGACAGUCCAGAGCUACCGUGGUGUGGGCUUCCGUCGAAUUGCCUUGCGGAUACGACGCUGCUGCGCAGGCCCUGCGCUGCCACUGGUGGCAUUGAACGGGUUCUCGGAAUCCGGCCUGCAUCGGCGGGACCAACCAACACACGCCAUCAACAAUGAGACACUCCAGUUUAGGGAAGAAGCCUUCGUGCUCCCAGUUGGGAAGAAAGAGGUGAAAGAGUCGGACCUGCUGCUCUCCCUGGCUAGGCAGCACACAAUCCCAGUGCCCAACGAACAUUGCAAAGAAGUACAUCGAAAGCACUAUCUCCUUAAGUUUUGCUAGGCAAUGUAUUGUACAGUCCAAGAAAAGCAAAAGUUCUGAUAGCCAGUGAGCAGAGCCCACGGUGAAUGUGGAGCUUGCAAUAAACCAUGCAGCUCGGA